CUUUCGUCUUGUGCAAUUAGUUCUCCGAACAUCAGUAAUAAUGGUGUUGAAUUUUAAUGUUUUCAAAAAAUCUUCGCCUGAUGGCAAAAUAAUUCUAUACUUGAGCAAACGUAACAUUGUUGAUCAUAUAACAUUCAUCGACCCCGUCGAUGGCGUUGUCAUGUUGGACAAUUCUUAUUUGAAAAGCGGCAAAAUAUUUGGUCAAAUAGUAUGCAGCUUUCGGUACGGUCGGAAAGAGGAUGAAGUGAUGGGAUUGCGUUUUCAAAAAGACAUGUACUUGGCAUCGGCACAAAUAUAUCCUCCUCUUGAUACCGACAACCCAGUCAAGUUGACCAAAAUUCAGGAUUGUUUAAUAUCUAAAUUAGGGAGUAAUGCCACGCCAUUUCGUUUUAAAAUUCCUGAGAAUGCACCUGCGUCGGUAGUUUUGCAAGAUGGGACAACGAAUUUAGCUGAUGCAUGUGGUGUCCAGUACUAUGUGAAAAUAUUUGCCGGUGAAUCUGAAACUGAUCAUAACCGUUCAAAGAGUUUUGUGGCGAUGCGUAUCCGUAAAAUCCAGUUUGCUCCGGUUAUGCGUCCCUUAAGUAGACAUCCUUGCACUAUCGUCCGCAAAGACUUCAUGUUCAGUCCCGGCCAACUGGAAUUGGAAGCUGUACUCGACAAACAGGUUUACACACAUGGUGAAAACGUUCAAGUGACGUUAUGUAUACGAAAUAGUAGCAACAAAAUGGUAAAAAAAAUCAAAGUGCUAAUACAACAGAUCGUGGAUAUUGUUAUUUUCCAAAAUGGACAAUGUAGAACCACAUUAGCCUCCGUCGAAACUCAGGAAGGAUGUCCGAUAUUACCGGGUUCAUCUAUGCAAAAGACUAUAGCCAUGAUGCCAACCCUAGAAAACGUCAAGGGGAGGUAUGGUGUUGCACUGGAGGAUCAAAUCAAUGAGAAACAAGAACAUUCAUUGGCCUCAUCCGUCUUAAUAUCGAGUUCUGACAUCAAAGACGUGUUCGGUAUUAUCGUAUCAUAUUCGGUCAAGGUCAAGCUGUACUUGGGCGCACUGGGCGGCGAGUUAACAGCCGAAUUGCCGUUCCUCGUCAUGCACUCAAAACCGGAAAAGAAAACAUCACAAAUAUCGUCCUGAUCUAAUUACCAUUACGUUCACACACGAUGAUUAUGCAUAGCUGACUUAUAGGUAUUCUCGUAGUUGUUUGCAUUUUAGGGGCGUCAUUUGCAGGGUGAGUCGAAGGCGUCACACAUUUGAAAAAGUUCAUCGACUGAUCUACUAACCCAUACCUAUACAUGAUUAGUUGAUAUAAUAAAACAUAUUGUAUACAUGUUCACUAAAAAAAUAUGAAAUUAUUAAACACCAUCUAUUGUCAUA